CACCCCCACUGCAUUCACUGUUGAAAUCCCAACUGCAGAAGCAAAAGAAAUCGUGAUUCACCAGCCUCCACAAUAUUAUAUAUGUAAUAAUUCUUUAGCUCACGCGUAUAACUUUUUUUUGUAUAUAUGGCUAUUCAUUCAAUUUUCCAAGUCGGCACGACAUCUUCAGAUAGUGCGUUUUUGUUCUGCAUUGAAGUCAGAUAUCUCAGAAUUGGCCUUUUGUUCUUUAUUUUCCUUUAAAAAACCAAAAAUAAAUCGUGGGUUUGUCCCCUUUUUUCUUCUUCUUCCUUUUUUUUUUUAUUGGCAGAUUGAAGGUUUCUUUUUGCUAUUCUAAAUGUGCAAAUCGAUGGGUUUUACUAAUUGUUUUGGUGCAUUUGAUUCUUGCAAAGAAAAAACUGAAGCAGAGGCCAAAGGAAUUGUUACCAACAAUGUUAAGCUGUUCUCUUAUAAUUCAUUGAGAUCAGCAACAAGACAUUUCCAUCCUUCGAACAGAAUUGGUAGAGGCGGCUUCGGAGUAGUGUACAAGGGAGUUCUAAGGGAUGGAACGGAAGUUGCUAUCAAGACUCUUUCUGCUGAAUCUAAGCAAGGCAACAACGAAUUCUUGACAGAGAUUAAUAUGAUAUCAAGGACCCGACAUGCAAACCUUGUUCAACUCAUUGGGUGUUGCAUUGAGGAUGCUAAUAGAAUACUGGUCUAUGAAUAUUUGGAGAAUGGCAGCCUCGCCAGUGCUUUGCUUGGUUCAAAAAGUAAUGUCUAUCUUGAUUGGCCCAAGAGGGCAGUAAUAUGUAUGGGUACAGCUUCUGGUCUUGCAUUUCUUCAUGAGGAAGCUAAACCCCAUAUUGUCCAUCGAGAUAUAAAAGCUAGCAAUGUUCUUCUUGAUAAGGACUUCAAUCCCAAAAUUGGAGAUUUUGGUUUGGCUAAACUUUUUCCUGACAAUGUCACACAUGUUAGUACGCGAGUAGCAGGAACUAUUGGAUAUCUAGCUCCUGAAUAUGCUGUGUUAGCUCAACUGACAAAGAAGGCCGAUGUAUAUAGUUUUGGGGUACUUUUACUUGAAAUCAUAAGUGGCAAAAGUAGUAGCAAAGCUGCAUUUGGAGAGGAGCUCUUGGUUCUACUUGAAUGGGCAUGGAAACUAAGAAAUGAAGGUAGAAUUUUGGAGAUCGUUGAUCCAGAUCUCAUAGAAUAUCCGCAGGAUCAAUUAAUACGCUUCAUCAAUGUCGCACUCUUCUGUACACAAUCAGCUUCUCAACGAAGACCCGAUAUGAAACAAGUUGUGACAAUGCUUUCAAAAGAUGUUGUCCUAAAUGAUAGCUUAUUAACAGAGCCAGGGGUCUAUAGGCCACGAACUUCACAAAUAUCGGACGAUGGUAGUUUGCACAUAGCGUCGUCUUCUCAACUAAGCAAAGGGAAACAAUUAGCUAAUCCUUUAUCGACAUCAACCCUGUUCGAUAGUCAUCAAAGUAUCACCGAGAGCGAGAUGAUUCCUAGAUGAUGUGCCCAAAGUAAUAUCUACUCAUUUCUACUCCUUUUAACCAGUUGUAGAUUUUCCUUAUUUUUAUCAUUGUAAUAUUAAUUUCUUGGUGAACACAUUAAGUUGGAAAUAUGUAGUUAGUAUGCAAUUUUGACAUGAUUCUAUAAUAUUGUCUAAUACUAUUCAAUUC